AUGGGUAAAGAUAUGGCGGCUAGGAAACUAAAAAAUAUGGGUUUUCCCUGUACCUUCAAUGUUCCCAGUGUUGGUAGAAGUGGUGGUCUGGUUUUGGCUUGGAAAAAGGAAAUUCACCUGAAUGUUGUUUCAUCCAGCUUGAGGGGAAUCCAUGUUACUGCAACUGAUAUCGUUCACUCAAAAACUUUUCAUCUCCAUUUUGUCUAUGGAGAACCCAAUAGUAGUCUUAGGCCUGCUUUUUGGGAACAACAAUGCCAACAAACUAUUGUCCCUGUAGAUGAGCAUGUUUUCUUUAUUGGUGAUUUUAAUACUCUUUUAGGAACAGAAGAUAAAAAUGGUGGCCUUGAAGUAAACGAUUCUGAUUUUGAAAAUCUUAGAAAUUUUUAUUCUGUUUUCAAUCUUCAUGAUCCUGGUUUUUCUGGUCCAAGAUUCACUUGGUCCAACAUGCAACAAGGUCCUGAUUUAAUUCUUGAAAGGCUGGACAGAUGUUUUCUAAACCAAAUGGCUGAACAUCUUUGUCCUAAAUUCUGUGUUAAUAACCUUCCUAGGGACUCUUCUGAUCAUUGCCCCAUGCAUAUAGGUUUCAAUUAUGAGGAUACUUGCAUGACUAUACCAUUCCACUUCAUGGCUAUGUGGAUUGAGGAUCCUACUUGUAGAGAUAUUAUAUCUAAUGCUUGGUCUGUUAAUGUUUUAGGCUCUCCAGCCUAUAAACUAAAAGCUAAGCUUCUUAAUAUUAAAAAAGGCCUUAGAAAUUGGAAUAAACUGUCCUUUGGUAAUAUUCAAACUGAUAUAUCUACCAUCAUGAAAGACUUGUUAGAUUUACAGAUUUCUGAUCCUACUGAUUCUACCACCACUGCUAGACUCAAAGCCAGACUAGAGUACCUCUACAAUCUGGAAGAACUCUACUGGAAAGACAAGUCUAGAGAGGUUUGGCUCUUGGAAGGGGACAGAAACACUCCCUAUUUCCACAGAGUCACUCUCUUCAGGAUGAAGAGAAAUACCAUCAGUUGGAUCAAGGAUUCCUCCAAUUCUAUUCUAACUGAUAGAGAUAAUAUUGGAAAUUCUUUCAUAGAUUAUUUCAAAAGUCUCUAUUCCUCUCAACCACAUCAAUUUCAGGAUGAAAUCUUAAAUGAUCUCCCUGUUAAAUUUUCUACUGAGGAUAAUGAUACCUUAAACCUUCCCCUCACUGCUGAGGAAAUAAAAAAUGAUGUUUUUUAA